GCUGCCGACCGUGUAUACACACACGGUUGUCUGUCACGAACAUAUCGGCUGCUAAAUGCAUUUUGGCUAUUAGCACCCAAGUUGACCGCAAUCAGUGAGAGAGAGAGAGAGAGACCAAUCAGCAGGUGCACGCGUCUCGCCGUCUCACGGACAGAGAAAUCUACCUGUGGGAAAAUACCGACUUAACGAGUCCGCGGAGAAGAUGCCACGUAACGGUGCGACGGUCGCAACGCGCGCUCGACGAGCGAUGUUUUCGACGACUGUCUGCAGAUAAUUCCGCAAAAAGUACGAGCAACUCGAUUUCGAUGUUAAUACGAUGUUAAUUCGCUAUUCGGCGAAUUUCCACGACGGUCGGUGGAGACAUGAGUUGGUUCGACGCGACGGGAUUCGCCAAUUUGGCGAAAUCCGCCCUGAAGGAAGCUCAAAAGACCAUAGACAAGGCGUUAGAUAUCAAGGACGAGGAGCCGAAGGUGAUUCAGGCGCGCACAGACGAGAGCUCGGAUUUCUUCGCGAGUUGGGGAUUGAAGAACGAGGAACGGAGGGCCGAUGAUGCUGAGCGAGAGAGAAACCCGGCGAAACAGCAGGGCUCGAGCAGUAUUUGGGGUAGCUUCACAGGCUCGUUCUUCGAGGCUCCCAAGAUCGUGGAAGGGAAUACGGGAAGGAAAGCUGUCAAGCAUUCGAAGUCGCUGCAAAAUACCGUCGGCCCGGACGAACAGCAGUCUCGAAUGGUGUCCUCCGCUUCAGUCCCCGAGAAGCUGAUCGAGAAAGAAGCGACGAUGAGAAGGAGCGAGUCUGUACAUACGGAGAGCAAAGAGGAAUUUCGUUCGGCCAGUGAGCCUGUAAAUAUUAAUCUUAGCGCGGCUGACGAAAUUCCCAGUGAGCUCACCGGGGAGUCUCGUGCGUCGCCGGAAGAGUCGUAUGCGGGGAACGUUCCUACCGAUGCGGAAGACAGCGGCAGCCUAGACACGGGAGAAGGUGAUAACGCGCGAAAGACGACGGAUGAUACCGACGACGACGACUCGACGAGCAGCAUCGAGGAGGAGCGAAGCGACGUCAAUGUCUCGGAAAGCAACGACGUGAACGAAACACCGAGCCCUACCAAUGUGUUCCAAAUGCCUACCGUCUCUUCGGAAAGCGACAAGAAGAGCCUGGAGAGCGUGGAGAUACUCGGCUCGCAGUCCAACACCGACUGCACCACCACGCCGGAAUCGGACCCGAAUUCCGUCAGCAAUUCGAUCAGCCCUUCGGUCGUCGGCAUCAAGGUGAAUUCCGAGUCGGUCGAGAUACUGCCGGACAGCCUGGUGACGUCGCCGAGCUCCGUGGAGGUGCUGGGGGACUGGAAGAGCGACAGCAGCCCUUACCUGUCGCCGAUCGAUCCGAAGAACUCGUCGCCCGUCCCGGACGACGGGGACGUCACCCCGUGCGGGGAGGAAUGCGCGUUGGAGGGUAAGCUCGCGGAGCCGCCCUCGUCCUCGGACAUAUCCCCGUACGAGUCACCGAUGGAGGAAGCGAAGACGCUGAGCAACGCAUACCCGGGCAGCGUCGACAGCACGCCCUCGCCGAACGCGUCCUCCAGUCUGGGCGGGAAGUCAACGGAGAACUCGAAGACCUCCCCCGAGAGCGUCGAGGUGAUACCGGACGUGGACGAGUUGGACGAGGUGAGCCUGGCCGAGGAUUCUUACACCUCCGCCUCCGAGGGCACGGUGAUGACGGUGCUGGAGACCUUUCAACAGCUGGACGGUGUCAAGAGCAAGAUGGAGCUGGUGGACAUGAAGAUGCACGAGUCUCACCCGGACGACAAGCAGGCGAGGCCGGAGGGCAAGCUGUGUCUCGACUCUCUGAAGGAGAAGCACAACUUGCACCUGACCCUCGAGCCGAUCACCACCCAACCGAUCCGCAAGUCCGACCACCUGGGCCCGGAUAAUGAAAAGCCGGACGUAGCCGCGUUUUCCCAGCUGAUGAGCGCGACGAUCGAACCACCGGAUCCGGACGGUUACUCCCACGUGGAAGGCGCGAAGCUGCACGAGAGCACGACAGAUCAGUACUUGAUAUCCACCGAUUCCAGCGGGGAGGGGACGCUGAUCGAGAGCAGCUCCGAGGACAACGCCACGUUGGUGCCCACGGACGUCUCCAAGGUCCUGGAGACGCCGCUGACCGCCAGCUCCUACGUGAAAACCAUGCUGGCCGACGCUAUGGUCGAGAAGGGUGAGAUCAUCGACAUGACGGAAGCCCACUGCGCCGACGUGCCCCGGGAAAACUCACCCAUCUCCUCCGAGAGUCGCUCGGACCUGGUGAAAAUCGGCUCGGACCAGGCGAGCGGACACACGAGCGGGGACGAGUUGGAAACCACGACGUCGAGCGAUAUCGAAAUCAUAUCCAGGUACAGUCCGAACGGAGACUCGAGCUCGACGCAGUCGCGGCAGAGCCCGGCGAAGCUGCAGCUGAGCAAAGGCGGCGACCUGCUGACGAAAACCUUGAAGACCAGAGGCCACUCCCGGGAGCUGAGCGAGAUCAGUAUCGGCUCGGACGAGGCGAAUCUGGAGAUCGAGAAGCUGUUGAAACGCGUGCAGGAGAUGACCGAGAUCCUGGAGGCGAGGGAGUCCAAGCUGAUCGACGUCAGUAGGAUAAACAUGGAGCUGCACGAGCAAAAUGCGAAUCUCGUGAAGCAGCUGGAGAACUUCGAGAAACACGCGGAGCAGAAUCAGAAUAUCACUCAGAUCACGGACGAGUACACGCAACGUUUGUCGGCGUUGGAGAGGAAGUUUCAGCAGGCGAUAAGGGAACGGGAUCAGCUGAGGAAGAAUCUCGACCAGUUGAAAGUGGAGGCGAUGUGCCGAUUGUCCUCGCAGGAGAUGUCGAACAUAAGCGCCGAGAAGGACGAGAUAAUAAAGGAGCUGCGCGAGGAAGGCGAGAAACUGAGCAAGCAGCAACUUCAGCACAGCAACAUAAUCAAAAAGCUAAGGCUGAAGGAGAAGGACGCCGACGGCGUGAUGAAGAGUCAAAGAGAACAAAUCGAGGAGCAGAAUACCGAACUGGAGAGACUGAAGCGAUCGUUGCACGCGAAGGAGGAAGUGGAACGCACUCAGAUAGAAGCGGUUCACACGCUGACGGCGAAGACGAGGAAGCAGGAAAAGGAAAUAAUAAGCCUGCAGGAGAAGCUGGAUAACGCAGUGCAUAAGAUGGACGCUUAUAAGAAGAGCUUCGAUGCCGCGAAAGUGGAGUUAUCGGACACGAAGAAGAAAUUGCUGCUCACGGAGGAGGAAUUGAAGGAAGCCGUGGAUAACGCGGGGGAAUCGUGUCAGCUGUUUGCCCAAGUGGAGGAUCUGAAACUGAAGUAUCGUCAGGCCGAGGAGGCUCACGUCAAGCGAGUAUCAAGAGAGGAGUUUCUCAAGCACGAAAACAGCGAGUUGCUUAAGCGGCUCGAAGCAGCGGAGGCCAGAAGCGAGGAGCUGUCCGAAUCCGUCUCGGUGGCGACGAAACCGUUGCUGAGACAGCUGGAGCAGCUCCAAGCUAACUUGCUGCAUAAAUCCAACAGCUUCAUGAAGCAAGAGAAGGUUCUGUCGGACAAGAAUGUCGAGCUGCAGUCGAAAAUCGAGAACCUGAUCGAGAUGGACCGUCUUUUGCGGGAGGAGAAUGUCAAUUUGAAGUCCAAGGAGUCGCAUUUGGAAUCGAAGCUCAAUAGUAAGGAGAAGGAGAGGGUGAGAUUGCAGGAAUCGCGCGAUCAAUUGGCCGAGCAGAACGGGAAACUUUUGGAGCAAAAUAAACAGCAUCAAGACACGAUAAACAUUCGCGAGCAGACGCAUUCCGGUCAAGUGCAGGAGCUGAAGAGAGAGAUAAACGCGUUGGAGAACAAGUUGGCCGUGGAGAAAGCGGCGACCGACGCGGAACGGAGGAAGAACAACGCAAUGUUGGAACAGCAACAGAGUACCGAGGAAGAGUUACGAUUCAGUCCUACCUUCAGUAUAGGGCAGGAAUCCGUCGGUAGCGCGAAUAGCGUCUGGCCAGCUUUCAGCGACUCUGUAUUCGACAAUAACUCCGGCAGAUUCCUCCCGAUGACGUACGAGAGCAUCAGGGUGGGCUCGAGCAGUACGUCGAUUUUCGAGAAUCUACAAGCGCAAUUGAAACAAAGAGACGGCGAGGUGCAGCAACUUCAGUGGGAGCUGUCACGGCGUAAUAUGGAGAGGGACGCGUUGAAUUCGGAAUUGGCGACGCUGAUCCUCAAGGUCGAGGAUCUGAGCGCGAAGGUUCAGGAAGCGGAGGCGCUCAACGAGAGCCUCGGCGAGACGCAGACGAGAUACGACGCGCUGCUGCAAAUGUACGGCGAGAAGGUGGAGGAGAAUCAGGAGCUGCGGCUGGACCUCGAGGAUAUCAAGGAGAUGUACAAGACGCAGAUCGAUCAGCUUCUAAAGAGGCAGAAUUAACCUCGCCACGUAAACGUGAAUCGUUCAUUCGCGUGCCCCUUAUAUAUAAUCCCGUAUAAAAAUUCCGAUCGGCCCCCCGAUUUCAAGCGCGACGAAACACGCGUUUUAACACGUCCCCCAUCGCGUGAUUCUCUUUCCUCCGUCUUUGUCCAGCGAUCGAUUCCUGGUGUAUAGGGGAGUUUUAUAACGAACGGUUUUAAUAACGUACGUCCGCCGUACGAUAUGUAUUUGUAAUAUCCGAUACACGAAUACACGAGGAAAUUUGUGAUAAAGGUGAUUCAGGCUCCGAUAUGGCCCCGAUAAGAUAAGGGAGUGAGGUCAUUUGUUAAAUUAUAUAUAAGGAUGUAUUUAUGAAAAAUAUAGGUGGAGUGCUUUGCAAAUUGUCACGAAAAUUGUGCACAUGGUGUGUGAUGAUGAUACUCACAUUCUCCUACAUACACGCCUACACACACACACACUUGUGUAUGAUUUUUAUCCCCUAUAUUUCGAUUCUAAUUUAACGUCAGGGACACUCAUGUGAUAUCCGAUAUUGUAUUAUAAUAUUUAAGUAUAAUAUACGAAUGUAUAUAACGCAA